AUGAACCCGUCAUUCUGUUCUCUGCUCCUAAGUUCGAAUCCCCGUGUGACUGAGGCACUUCUUCGCAGCCUGGCCGGUGUCACCGUAGAUUUGGGAUAUUCCAAUACUACAGCCACUAGAGAUCACAUAGUAAAGUGGAAGAACCAGGCGGGCAAUCCGGCGUUGCGGCUGAGGUACACAUCUUGUGCCGGAAAUUACAACGAGGCCGUUGCAAAUUUCAAGGAGGCCAAGGAGAAAGCGAAGGUUGGUGACUACAAUGGUGUGAGAAAUGCAGCAGCUGGUGCCUUGGGAGAGUUCAAUGGGUGUUCAGAGAACUUUAAGCAGCCACCAUCUGAACCAACAAGUCUCUGGCAAGAUACUAGGGAUUUGCUAAAUCUUUCUAGUAUUAUAUUAAUUGUUUCUAAUACUCUGCUUCACAAAUGA